AUCACGCACGAUCUGUCCUUGAAGCUAACACAGACAACAUGGUGGCAUACUGGAGGCAAGCAGGCUUAAGCUACAUCCGCUUCUCCGCCAUUUGCGCGAACGCCGUGCGGGCGGCGUUGAAGCCGCAGAUCAAGACCGAGGUUUUAAAGGCCGCGGAGUCAAACGUCAAAGUCAUAAAACCCAAAACAGCAUGAUGUGAUACGGAUGUCGAUAUUUUCCUGGGGGUGUGAGGUCUUGUCACCAUUCUGUUCUUCACAACAUGAAGAGAAAAAGAGCUGGAUAACAUCAAGAUGUGUUUAAGACCGGGGACCUGAAUUAAUCACCUAUUUUCAUUUGUAAUUAAAGAUAAAUUAACUUUGAACCUUAA